ACUGUUGUUAUUAUCCUAAACAAUUACCAAUUGUCUCAAAACUUAAAAAUAUAAAAAAAAACUUGACACCUUUUCAUAAGUAAAUUAAAUUUUAAUGGUUUUGUUGAUUCUGAAAUAUUGUAUUAGUAUUGAUAUUGAUAAUUAUACUGCUGGGCUCAAAAGCAUCGGAUGUGCAAUUUUCACUAAUGAAGUAACCAGUUACGUUAUUAUAGGACUCAUUCAGAGAAUAUGAAGCGCAGAACCUUAGUAAAAGACUCAACUCCAAAAUCCUUACCGUUUAAGGUGAUAAGAAAUGAUUGUUUCAAGCUUACUACUGAAGAGAAAAUUAAGUUAUUGAAUGACAAAAUGGAUAAAGUUCUCGAAAAUCAACAAAAAAUGUUGGUGGUUUUGCGGCAACUAACAACUCAGUCAACAGAUAUUUUCGGACCCCAAAUAGGUUCCGUAAAUAGCAUACGACAAAUGAUGAGUCCUGAAUCGGAGGAUUGGACACCUCAGGCAUUUCCAUUAACUAUGUUGGAACAAAUAGAGACGAUGGAAGAGGAAAUGAAUGAUCCAAUUAAGUUGUCUCAUUAUAUUCAAACCAUGAGGGAUAUUCUUAAGCCCGGUGGAACACCACGUCCUGGAGGGCUUAAAAAACAAUUUCAUCUUAUACUUGCAAUACAUUUUUUGGUUGAUUUUAAUUUUGAUGGCAUUCACAAUAAGAUACCUCUUAAGAAGUUUGGAAAUUUCAAUAACGCCUUAUUUGAAGUUCAGAGGCGUGAAGGAUAUUUCAGAGACGACUAUGUGGCUGAAAUCAGACUGGCAUUCCGUACCUAUAAAAAUCGAAGGCAUAAAAGCGUAUCCGACGCUCGGAGGAAAUUAAAAGAAUCCCAUAUUGAACCGGAAGUAAAAUUUGAAGAGUUUUUAUAUUGCGAAUCAAAUUAAAUAAUUGAAUAAGUUGUUUAAUAGGUUGUUAAUACAUUAAUUUAAGUUUAAAAAUAAGUAAUAAUAAAGCAUGUAAUUUAGGUGUAAAAAAAGUAAA